AUGAGUGAAGAAAUAGUCAUUGGAAGACUUGAGGAAGAUGUAAUUCUCCCUUGAUUAUUUGAGAGUGGGUGAAAAAGUCAUAAUACACGGGUGGAAUCACAUGAUAUUUAUACAUACUACAAAGAAAGUGACCAUUUGGGACAGCAAGAUCCCAGAUACACAACCAGGACCCUCUUCCUCAGUGAAAUUCACAAUGGGAAUGCUUCCCUACCUUUCAGAAGAUUAAGCCAUUUGGAUGAAGAAAUCUACAUAUCUUUUGUCACACUGGUGAUAAAAUAUGAUAAGAGGAACACAAACAGCUCCAUCAUAUGUGGUGUGUUACGUGUUUAUCCUCGUCCAGUUCAUACAUGGCAAGUGGACAAUAUACCUAUCCCUGAAGAUAAUAUGGAAGAAAUUGGGUAUUUUGAUCCUUUUUAUAAUAAGGGUAGAGUAAAUAUUAUAAGAUCAAAUUUAUUGUAUGAAUUUACUAUUGAAAGUACAUUGCUGAAGCAAAUAUAGACAGGAAGAUGGACAACGAAAGGUGUUUAUGAGUUGAAUGAAAACAUUUGUGAAAUGUAA